AGGUGAGGCAGGUGUAUAAAGGAGUCUUUCUCUGGAUGAAAACGGACUCCAACAGCUGCUCACACUGAGAUCUUUGUCACAAACUGUCGGAUUUCCUGCAAAAGAUGGAGACGCUGCUCGCACUCUGGAUCGCUCUCACUGUCACCGCCUCAGUGUCUUCCAAUACGACUCACGUGACAACACCUGGACCCAACACAACCACUGAAACCGGUCACACCAAUGACCACGUGACAACACCUGGACCCAACACAACCACUGAAACCGGUCACACCAGUGACCACGUGACAACACCUGGACCCAACACAACCACUGAAACCGGUCACACCAAUGACCACGUGACAACACCUGGACCCAACACAACCACUGAAACCGGUCACACCAGUGACCACGUGACAACACCUGGACCCAACACAACCACUGAAACCGGUCACACCAGUGACCACGUGACAACACCUGGACCCAACACAACCACUGAAACCAGUCACACCAAUGACCACGUGACAACACCUGGACCCAACACAACCACUGAAACCGGUCACACCAGUGACCACGUGACAACACCUGGACCCAACACAACCACUGAAACCGGUCACACCAAUGACCACGUGACAACACCUGGACCCAACACAACCACUGAAACCGGUCACACCAGUGACCACGUGACAACACCUGGACCCAACACAACCACUGAAACCGGUCACACCAGUGACCACGUGACAACACCUGGACCCAACACAACCACUGAAACCGGUCACACCAGUGACCACGUGACAACACCUGGAUCCAACACAACCAAUGAAACCAGUCCCACCAUCAGCUUCACCACUAGAGAAAACAGUUCAACUGAACCCCACGUCAAUGCCACAACUCCCAGUCCCACCAGUAACACCACAGCAGCCCCACAUGCAACAACCACAGACAGCACCGAACACCUCACUGCAAACGCUUCUGUACCCGUGACGACAGACACCACACACACUGCAGUGGUUUCCCCUGGCAACCACACUCAGGUCAACCCUAUGUCCAACGCAACGACGACUGUGUCCAGGAAAACCAUGACGACAAGGAUUGCAACAGCCAGCAGCUCGUCUGUGUCAGUUUCCCCAGAUAAACCAAUCACGUCAGAGAGCACGACGAUGAGCUUGGCCCCGGCCCUGGUUGGCGGCGGCGGCGGCGGCGUUCCUGGAUGGGGAAUAGCCCUGCUGGUCCUGGCAGCUCUGGUUCUGCUAGUCCUGAUCCUGCUGCUGAUCGGACUGCUGGUGUGGUUGUGCUGCUAUAGGGGGCGCUACAAAGGCUUCAGUCCAUACGACCAUCUGACCAACAGAGACGACAUCCCUCUGUACACCACACACAGCCGCUUCGAGGGGCCCAACGGGAAACCAUACGAAGAGCUGGAUAAGCCGAUGAAGAGCCGGACAGGGAUGUACAAGGUCAACCAAUAACGACGCCUCAUGACUCAUCAACCCAACCAAUAAAGGACAACAUCACUUCUUUUGUUUAUUUGUGUUUUGUUGUUUUUUAAAUUAUAAUCCUGAUCUGACUGAAAAUCAUUUUUAAUAUAGUUUUUAUUUAUUGUCUAUAAGGCAAGAACGACAACAAUGACAAAUAAUACAAGUUUUAUUUUUAUAUAAUGCAAAUUAUAUAACUCAUACAAUGAAAGAUACUAUUUUAUAAAUCAUUAUAUGAUAUUUUGUCCAUUGUAACUGGUAAACUUCAUAUUACAAUACAUUGAUUGCUAUUAUUAUUUUUAGAAGACAUUGUUACUUUCACCAUUUUAGACUUUAGAAUUAUACCAAAAUGAGCCUUUAAUUAAUAUCACACUGUUUCAUAUAAAAGUAUUACUAUUUUUUAAAUAUAUGUUUUCUUUUAAACUCCCAGCUCUGUUAUUUCACCAAUGUUACUAUAUAUAUAUAUAUAUAUAUAUAUACUCUCUUCCUAAGCCCCGCCCCCUUGUUGCUCUAUCCUCCAAUAACCGGUCAGCUUCCUCCUUUCCUGUACUAAGAUAUGCUAUGCUAUGCUAUGUUGCAAAGACAACCACAUUUUGAAGAUGGUUAAAAGAUAAAAGAGACACAUAUAUCAUCUUAAAUUAGUUAAUGUUAGAGAAACAUUAGCUAACUAAGCUACAUCAAUCAUUAAUGUACCAGCUAGCAUUAGGUAUCAGAUGUAACUAGCUAAUGAUUGAUGGGAUUUCUUUGUUUAUCUUUUCAACAUAGAUUAGCCUAGCACAUAGCAUAUCGAAGGAAAGUGAAUGACUGCUCGUGUCUUUACAAAUGUCGAAUACCAAAAGAUGCUUUAUAUAGACAUUAUAUCAGUUUAGCUUUAUUUUAAUAUUUUGUUUCUUUUAAAGUUGUUGUGAUAUUGUCACUGUUACUGUUCUGUUCAUUUACAGUUACAUUAAUUAUACCAGUUAUUAUGUAUUAUCUUAAAAACGUUCCAUAUUGAUAUGUAUUGAUCCUAUAAAUGUGUCUAUAAGAGUCCUUCCUUUUAUCAACAUGAAUAUUUGACAUAUUAUUGUCACAGCUGUUAAACAUUACCUGAUAUUUUAUUUUAGAAUUAUUAGAUAUAAACGUUCACUCUGACUUGACACUACGUUUGAUAUAAAACUGCAGUUCUGUGUUUUAUAUUUUGAAGUGUGAGAUUAUAAUUGACACAGGUUUUUAAUAAUUGAUGACAUUCAUGAAACAUCAUGUUUUGUACAUCUCAAACACUUUUUAUAUGUUAUUAUAAGACAUUAGUAUUGAAGUCAUUUCCCACCAAUGUGACAGAAAAAAUGAUUCUGUAAAUUACUGUAAUGAGAAACUUUCUCAAAAUAUUGAUUUUGUAUCUUAAUAAUUUGAUUUACAGAAUCUUUUUUUCCUCACAUUGGCAGAAAAUGGCUUCCAUAAAUAUUAACACUUAUUACAUUGCAAAAAUUAUAUUUUCUGUUUAUAUUUGUUGUGAUAUUAUUAAUGUGUAAAAAAAGAUUUUUUUGACUAAUUGUUAUAUUUCCAUUAAAAAAACAACCCUAACUUGAAAUUUGAUGACUAUAAUUAUAUGUUUUUUAUGUUAAACAGUGAUUUUAUUGCCACUGUUGCUGUGUUAAUAAUCAUAUUUCAUAUACAAUCACAUUAUUUCAGUCUGGCAGCGGCGCCACUGUCCCAGUUUGCUCUGUAUUGUUGUGAAGCAGGAAAAUUCCAGGCUGAAAGUGGAUCCUCAUUGAAUCCUCCUUUUUCAAGUCCAGGUUAUUUUUCAGCUCGGCCACAAAGAGCCUCACAAAGAGGGAAAGCGAAGACGAGGCGUGGUGCGAGGCGGGGCGGUGGAGUAAUUUCUGAAUGUGGGAUAUGAGAUUUAUGGCGCUGAUAUCAACAUAAAGAGACUGGGCUGGGCUCAGUGAGUCACACAGAAACACAAACGUCCCACAUCCUCCUCGCAAACGUUAUUUUAUGUUCAGUUAUUGUUGGUGAAUAAAAUAUCCUCACAUCA